GGCGCGGCGCGGCUCGGCCCGCUCGGCCCCGCCAUGUCGCAGGUGCUGCCCUACGGCGAGGACAAGGUGGGUCGCUACGGCGCCGAGCCCGAGGCGGGGGAGCUGCCCUUCAGCUGCCGCCUGCAGGACACCAACGCCUUCUUCGGGGGCAACCAGGGCAAGCGGCCCCCCAAGCUGGGACAGAUCGGCCGCGCCAAGAGAGUGGUGAUCGAGGAUGACCGGAUAGACGAGGUGCUCAAGGGCAUGACGGAGAAGUCGCCGUCGGGGGUAUAAACCCGGAGAACCACCACCAGGACCCACGGAGGGGGGGGGGGCAUGCCCACGCCCCCCCCCACACCCCGGGGAGGGGGUACCGCACGCCGGGGGCCCCCGCUCCAUCCCCGCCUUCGGGGCAGCCCCCUCGGGCCAUGCACUUUACCCCCCCCUUCCCCUGGGCAGAGGGACCCCCCCCAAAAAAAUAUAUACCUUUAAGGUGUGGGGGGGUCGGAGCGGACUCGGAGCGCUGCUGCUGCCCGGAGAUAUUCUUUGCUCCAUCGUUUUUUGCAUGAGCUUUGGUGGCCCGAGCGCCGUGUCCUGGUGUCGAGGGUCAGCCCCACUCCGGCACGCUUCUUUUUAACAGGAAAAAUCCUCAUAUUUGUAUUUUUAUAUCUAUCGAUCCGAAUCUUUGUUAAAAACGAUCGAUCCGCCGACGUCGGUCCGCUGUUGGAGUCUGCAGUGUAAAGGGGUCAUAUUUUUUUCCAUAAGAAAACAACAAAAAGAGAGAAAAAAA